AUCUUUGAAGAGGGGAGCUGAAAAAAUGAAGUAAACCAAGGCCACAUCUUGGACCCCAGUGAGGGGAGGAAUCACAUCAAGGGAAGAUGGACAAGUUUCGGAUGAUCUUCCAGUUUCUCCAGUCCAACCAGGAGUCCUUCAUGAAUGGCAUCUGUGGGAUCAUGGCCCUCGCCAGCGCCCAGAUGUACUCCACCUUUGAUUUCAACUGCCCCUGCCUGCCACGCUACAACCUGGCCUACGGGCUGGGCAUCCUCCUGGUGCCCCCCUUCAUCUUAUUCUUGCUGGGCUUCGUGCUGAACAACAACGUCUCCAUGCUGGCAGAGGAGUGGAGGCGGCCCCAGGGCCAGCGAGGGAAGGACCCGGCUGUCCUGCGCUACAUGUUCUGCUCCAUGGCACAGCGGGCCAUGAUCGCCCCGGCGGUCUGGGUCUCAGUGACGCUGCUGGAUGGCAAGUGCAUCACCUGCGCCUUCUGCACCUCGGUGCCCGUGGAGACCCUGGGCAAUGCCAGCCACCCCGGCCUCUCCCAAGGGGAGAUGAAGCGGGUCCUCGCCCGCAUCCCUUGCAAGGAGAUCUACGACGGACAGGAGCUCCUUGCCAAUGAAGUGGCCAUCAGGUACCUGCGCUGCAUCUCGCAGGCUCUGGGCUGGUGCUUUGUGCUGCUGAUGACCAUGCUGGCUUUCUUGGUCAGAUCCCUCCGGCCCUGCUUCACCCAAGCCGCCUUCCUGAAGAGCAGGUACUGGUCCCACUACAUCGACAUCGAGCGCAAGCUGUUCGACGAGACGUGCGCGGAGCAUGCCAGGAGCUUUGCCAAGGUCUGCAUCCAGCAGUUCUUCGAGGGCAUGAGCACGGACCUGGCGGCUGCUCGUUGCCACCCACCCAGGAAAGCCCCUGCAGAUGCGGGGGAAGCCACCGAGAAGCUCCUGGGCAUCAUUGACCAGGGCACCAUGAACACGGCCCUGAAGAGCUGGCACAGAUGCAAGCCCCCACUGCACCUCCACCCGCCUGCCCUCCCCAGUGGCAAUGGCUGGGCAGGGGAAGAGCAGCCACCCGUGCACUCCCCUGUGCCCCGAAGAGAGAUGGCUGCCUACUACAGUCGGGUGUGA